AGCACUCCCAUAUAUAAAGGACGAGGGUGCUCAUUGAAUCUUUCAGGUGCUAAAAAAGCGCUUUUGGUAGCUCUUUGGGCGUUCAGCUUCAAAAGGUCCACAGCAGGAGCUUUUACAGUACCUUUUAGACCUUUUAAGAGUAUUCAAUCGAAAAAAAUGACAGGAGAUAUUUAACAACCAACUUAACGAGUAGAAUGUAUUAAAAGCAAUCAUGUCUAUGAAAAUGGUUAGAGUAGUUGCCUCUUUGGGGUGAAAAAAAUUUCAAGCCACGUCCACAAAACAGGAUAUCGGUACCUCUUGGUGGUUCUGUUUUGAAAUUUCCCACGAGAACCCUCGUUCUUUUUAUAUGGGAGUCCCUUGCCCGGGGAUGUGAUGUUACUUCCUACCGGCCUAUCCCUAACCUCCACACCCUAAAAAAACGUCUGCUUGGGAGGGUAGGGAGGCUAGCCUAUGCCCACCCCACAAAAAUAAAAUGCUCAAGCUGAGUGCCUGUGUAGGUCACGCGAUCGCUUUCUUAGGAAUUCAUCAUGGCGGACGUAUCCUCCGGGUUUAACCCUGUCGUUGUUAACAGUGUUACAUACAUUGGGACUCUUGCAGUGUUCCUUGUAGCUAUGAAGGUCCCUAAGAUAUUCAUAGACCAUUUUCCUGCUACAGGCUGUCUCCUCGUAUCGAAUGAUGCCAAGUUUGCAAAAAAUCAAGAUUUGGAAUAUCUUUUCGUCGGACUCUGGUCGUUGCAUUUUCUCCGGCGAACGAUAGAAGUCCUUUGGGUCCAUGAUUACCGAAGGAAAAUGUCUUGUGUAGAAAGCAUAGGAGCGCCUAUUUAUUAUUGGUUCUUUGCGUUCUGGAACGGAGUUGCGCUGCGACACGACAAUGGAUACAAACAAACAUUUCUUGCUCUCACUGUGGCUGGCUCAGUCAUUUUCCUGAUCGGUGAGGUUGGAAAUUGCCUCUGCCAUCUCAAACUACGUGCAUUUCGGAAGGAAAAACGAGCAGGCUUGCUGUCCCCGAACUCAAAGCACGUUCUACCGCAUGGAUUCCUCUUCGACUGCAUCUCUUGCCCGCAUUAUUCGUGCGAAAUUUUAUCAUGGCUGGGUUUUUUCUUGGCAUCUUGGACUCUCCCGGCAGCCCUGUUUCUACUUGCAACAAUGAUCACUCUUGUUGUUUACGCACAUAAGAAACACAAGGCAUAUCGACAGGAGUUUGAUGGACUGGCCGGGAGGGAAUUGUAUCCUAGCAAUCGAAAAGUCCUAAUUCCUUUUGUGUUUUGAGAACAAGUCAGUACACUGUGUAAACCAUGCAUCUUUACGUUCUCACGUAUCGAUCAAAGAGACAUGAAGUUACCCCCCCCCCCUGCUCUACCCACCAGGUGUGUACAUUUAUGAGUGUACCCGGGGGAAGAAGAUUUCCAAAUUACAAAUCGUUUCUUUUUCCAAUGCAAAUACUAACCUUCAGGGCUGCUGAUUAGAAUGAAAUGUUUCAGUAAUGUAGGAGUAAAGAGGACAUUUUUUUUCGCUCGUUAUUACAGUCAUAUUAUAUAUUUUUUUUGUUUUACUUUUCAUAUCACUUGUAGUUAUAGUUUUGAAAUGUUAUAAACAAAAUUGGCAGUAAUAUCUGCAUAUGAUCCGUGAUAUCGUAAAAUUUCAACGUAACUUCUUGGAUCAUUUCCAGUAAUGUCAAAUAUAGUAAAUAGCAUGUUAUAUUUUUGAUGCCCUCAUUAAAAAUCAGUUACUACUUUUCACUCAGGACUUUUGCAGGAGGCAAAACAAUGAAUGAAAUGAUAACGAAAAAAAAAACAUAAAAAAAAAAUAAUAAUUAAAAAAAGAAAGGCACCGAGGGGAUUUGAACCCAUGACCUCCUGUUUACUAGACAGGCGCUCUAACCAACUGAGCUACGGCGCCCUCCAUGGAAAUCGCGAUGAAAUUGUAAUUAAUAAACCAAGCGCAACCUUCAAUUACUGAUGAUGUUCCUUUCUCCGCAUAAAAAUUGUAAUUAUCCAACAUUUGAACGUUGUAUGGGUAGGAUUUAUCGAUAUGUGGAUAUAAAACAGCCAAUAAAUGGUGGAGGAAGCUUG